AUGGGUUCAGGCUCUUUGACUGAUUCAGCUACUUCCAAUGCAACUUCUCCACCAACUGAGCCAGUUAAUGGGUUGAAAUUUGGUAGAAAGAUUUACUUUGAGGAUCAUGUGGGAGUUGGUACUGCUCUAGCUAAGGGUGGAACUGGGUCAUCAUCAUCUGGUUCUGAGUUCAGGUCCGGGUCUGGGUCAUCUGCCAGGAAGGGUCAGGGUGGGCAGCAGCAGCAGCCACCGAGGUGUCAAGUUGAAGGGUGCAAAGUAGAUCUGAGUGAUGCUAAGGCUUACUAUUCGAGGCACAAAGUUUGUGGUAUGCAUUCUAAGUCUCCUAGAGUUAUUGUUGCUGGUUUGGAGCAAAGAUUUUGUCAGCAAUGCAGCAGAAUCUAUGUUUUGAAAGAUGCUUGUAACUGUGGUUGGUCUGUACUUGCAAAAUCUUUGCCAAGUUUAUGGGAUACCUCUAAACUAAGAUUUCAUCUGCUUCCUGAAUUUGACCAAGGAAAACGAAGUUGCCGCAGGCGUCUUGCUGGCCAUAAUGAGCGACGGAGGAAGCCACCACCUGGAUCAGUGUUGUCCUCUCGCUAUGGCCGAUUCUCUCCCACUAUGUUUGAUAAUAGCGGCAGAGCUGGAGGCUUUCUUAUGGACUUUAGUGCAUAUCCAAGGCAUACUGGGAGAGAUGGAUGGCCCGAUGCAAGGUCCUCUGAAUGUGCACCUGGGAAUCAAACUGCUGCCACGGGAAGGUCUAUAUCUCAUCCGUGGCAGAACAGCUCUCAGAAUCCUCCAUCUAACCUUUGCUUGCAAGGUUCAACUGGCAGGACUGGCCUUUCCAGUCCAGGAAUUCCUCCAGGAGAAUGCUUCACAGGAGUCGCUGUUUCAAACUCGAAUUGUGCUCUCUCUCUUCUGUCAAAUCAACCAUGGGGCUCCAGAAACCGAGCAUCAAGUCUUGAGGUGAAUGACUUGUUGAAUGCCGAAGGGGCACCCGUGGUUCAAUCAACAGCUUCCCAUGGUGCAGCUGUCAAUCAGUAUCCAAACCCUUAUUGGAGUUUCAAGGGCAAUGGAGGAAGUAAUAGUUCACAUGAGAUGUGCUCUGAUCCGGGUCUGGGCCAAAUCUCUCUGCCUCUUGACAAUCAAUUUUCUGGUCAGCUCGAGCUGUCUCAACAGAAUAGGAGGCAAGACAUGGACCUGGUGCAUUCCAGGGCCUAUGACUCUUCAAACCAGCACAUCCACUGGUCACUUUAA